AUGUCUGAUUUACUUGGUCGGUUAGGCAUGAUUGACUGUAAACCUCUGGCUACACCAGCUGCAGUCACCAAGGCCGUUACUCUUUCUGACGAGUUGUUUGACAACCCUACACAAUACCGUCGUGUUGUGGGGGCUUUACAGUAUCUCACCAUUACUCGACCAGACUUGUCAUAUGCGGUAAACCGACUAUGUCAAUUCAUGCAUGCGCCAACAGUUGAUCAUUGGAGUCUGGUUAAGCGGGUACUACGUUACAUUAAAGGGACGAUACACUACGGGCUACGGUUAACACCAUCUUCUUCGACCACUAUACAUGCUUUUUCGGACUCCGACUGGGCCGGGUGUCCAAUAGAUAGGAAGAGCACGAGUGGGUUUGCAGUUUAUUUGGGGUCAAAUCUCAUUUCCUGGUUAUCAAAGAAGCAGCGUACCAUUGCCCGUUCGUCUACCGAGGCUGAGUAUAAGGCGCUGGCUGAUGUUUCUGCCGAAGUUACUUGGGUGGUUUCCUUGCUACGUGAACUUGGGUUACAUUCUGGUCAGCCAGCUACCUUGUGGUGUGAUAAUCUUGGGGCUACCUACCUCUGCGCUAAUCCGGUGUUCCAUGCACGCACAAAACAUGUGGAGAUUGACUACCAUUUUGUUCGAGAUAAGGUCGCCUCCGGAGAUUUCGUCGUCAACUAUGUUUCUACUGCAGAUCAGCUAGCAGACAUCCUCACCAAACCAUUACCUGCUCCUCGCUUUGCUACUCUACGGGACAAGCUAAAUGUUGUGUUGCACCAGCCAUUAGCUUGA